UCUUCUUCCCGAAGAUAAUUACUUUUGCUCCCUUUCAAGGCAACUGACUAACUUCAAAAGUCAAAACCCUAAAACGGCUCUAUAAACCCCAACCAAAACAGCUUGAUUCUCUCUGGAACCAGCAAUGGGGAAACCUAAAGAUAAACCUGCAAAACAAGCGAAACAAUAUAUUGAAAUCAAAGAGGAACCUAUUGAGGAAGAAGGACAACGAGCAGUACAGCCACCGCAGGAGGCUGAGCACGAGAACAAAGUGAAGGACGAACCGGAAGAGGAGAACGACGAUGACGGCGGCAGCGAAGCGGAAGACGAAGAAAAAAGCUUUGACGAGCUGGGGCUGGACCCUCGGUUGAUUCGAGCUCUUAGCAAGAAGGACAUUAGUAUCUCAAAGCCAACGCCAAUUCAACGCGUUGCUAUUCCUCUCAUACUGGAAGGAAAGGAUGUGGUUGCACGAGCAAAGACUGGAUCUGGAAAGACGCUAGCAUACCUGCUGCCCUUGCUUCAUAAGCUGUUUGCUGAUUCCGGAUUGAAGCAAAAGAAUGCCCCUUCCGCCUUCAUUCUUGUCCCGAGUGGAGAGUUGUGUCAGCAGGCAAAGAUCUAAACAUGCUGGGAUGCUUUGUGGUUUUGUUUAUUUUUGUUUUUCCAACUGGAAGAUGACGAGUUUGCUGUGAUUUAUAGGUUUACAAGGAGAUUUCCUCACUCAUAGACUUGUGUAAAGUCCCAUUGAAGGCUGUGCCAUUGAGAAGCAACAUGCCUAUUUCCGAUAUGCGUGCUGCAUUGUCUGGACCUCCUGAUAUUCUGAUCUCGACUCCUGCUGGUGUUGCCAAGUGCUUAUCAACUGGUGUACUUCAAUCGACAUUGAUUGCUGAUUCUCUGGAAAUACUUGUUCUGGAUGAGGCAGAUCUCUUAUUAUCAUUUGGCUUUGAAGAAGAUCUAAAAGCUCUUACUGCUCUUCUUCCCAGACGUUGUCAAUGCCUUCUUAUGUCUGCCACAUCAAGUGAUGAUGUCGAUAAACUCAAGAAGCUUAUCCUACACAAUCCAUAUAUCUUAACUUUGCCAGAAGUUGAUGGUGUGAAGGAUGAAGUGAUUCCUAAAAAUGUUCAACAAUUUUGGAUUUCGACCAGUGAUCAAGACAAGUUAGUUCAUAUUCUUGCACUAUUGAAGCUGGAACUCGUACAGAAAAAAGUUCUUAUAUUUACCAAUUCUAUUGACAUGAGUUUCAGAUUGAAACUUUUCUUGGAAAAGUUUGGAAUCAAAUCUGCUGUUUUAAAUGCAGAGUUGCCGCAAAAUUCUCGUCUCCAUAUCCUUGAGGAAUUUAAUGCUGGCCUUUUCGACUAUCUGAUUGCUGGGGAUGAGAGUGAGGCAAAAGAUAAGGAAGUAGUUGACAAAGGUAGUAAUGCUGAUACCAAAAGGUCUAAAAAGUAUCCAAAGCAGAAAUUGGACUCAGAAUUCGGUGUUGUGAGGGGAAUUGACUUCAAAAACGUAUUCACGGUCAUAAAUUAUGAUAUGCCUGGUUCUGCUGUUGGAUAUGUCCACCGAAUUGGACGGACUGGAAGAGCAUACAACACUGGUGUUUCUGUUUCUCUCGUUUCUCCAGAUGAGGUGGAAAUUCUCGAAGAGGUAAAAUCUUUGUUGGGCAAUGAGGAAGAUGAGAAUGCAGAUGUCAUUUCUCCAUUCCCUUUGCUAACUAAAAACGCUGUUGAGUCAUUACGGUAUAGAGCUGAGGAUACGGCGAAGAGUGUUACUAGAGUUGCUGUCCGAGAAGCUCGAGCACAGGAUCUGAGGAAUGAGAUUCUCAACUCAGAAAAGUUGAAGUCUCAUUUCGAAGCCAAUCCAAGGGACUUAGAUUUACUAAAACACGACAAGAGUUUGAGCCAGCAGGCACCUGCUCCUCAUCUGCGCAAGGUGCCAGAUUACUUGAUCGAUGCUACCACGAAGGAAGCCAGUAAGAUGGUGAAGCUUGCUAGAGCUGCAAUGGGGAACAAUCCUUCUCGACGUCAAGGGUUUAAAAGGAAGUCCAAGAAAGGAGGGGGAGACCCUCUCAAGUCAUUCUCCGCUGAGGGAGGAGCGAAGGGAGGUCGAAAAGGCGGUAUGAAAAGAGGAGGCCGAAGCACUGAUGGCAAUCAUAAACACAACAAGAAGCGGAAAUCUCUGUGAGCCUUGGCAAUUUUGAUGCCCUCGUUUCAUUUUUGGACAAAUGUUGUAACAGCACAAAGGGACAGUAGUUGAAGGAAGAAAAAAAAAAGAGUGUAUUUCUCAAUUUCUGAUAUAAAAAGAUCCGUCCAAAUAUACAAAUAUUGUUUUCUGGGUGAAAAUCCGUGUACAGUUUUCAUAUACAUGUCAUCCCAAUUCGCAAUUGGGAGACUAAAGGGUCGUUUUGUAUGAAUUAUUUACUUGUCCAUUUCAGAUAAUCGAAAUUGCCUCGAAACAGAUUAAUUCUAAA